CUAUAGCUAAUAACAUUCUCUCUUUUGUGUACUAACCUUUUGAUUUUCCCUUGAUCACCCAUAUCUGCGUCAGGACUGAUCUCAGCAGAAACUAAGCCGGAUUCAAUCAUGACCACAACCAGACAUGGCAAUUAUGUUAGCCCUAGUAAUGCCCUAGUUUCAAUUUCAAGGGUUGUGUCUGUGUAUCCAAAGCAUGUGCAGGCUGCUGGGAGGGUUUUGAACCUCUCCAAUUUAGACAGACAGUGUCCUACUCUGAUGUACGUGGUGUUCUUUUAUAACACAUCUCAGGCUUUUAAAGAUCUGACCCUUAGUUCAGUUUUCAGCAGCUUGAAAUCAGGGUUGGAAGAAACCCUAAGCGUCUGGUACCCGGCUGCAGGUAGACUGAGGGUGAGCCAAGGCGAUGGGAAGCUGAACCUGUGGUGCAACAACGAGGGUGCAAUUAUGGCGGAGGCACAAGCCCCAGUUAGAGUCUCACAACUUGGAGACUUGUCUCAGUACAACGAAUUCUUUGAAAAGCUCGUUUAUAAGCCACCUUUUCAUGCCAAUUUCUACAUGCCUCUUGUUGUUGCUCAGGUGACGAAAUUUGGAUGUGGAGGGUACUCAAUAGGGAUUGGGACAAGCCACUCGCUAUUUGACGGACCAGCAACUUAUGAAUUCUUGAGUGCAUGGGCUUCUAACUCUGAAAUUCUAAAAGGAAUUAGGCAUGGCGAGGUGGCAACACCAGUGCUUGAGAGAGGGAUACUAUUGAGUGGAAGUCGUCAAACCCAAAAAGGGACUAUGCCUCUGAUGAAUAUGCCUUCAAACUCAAGAAACUCUAAUCAUGAUCAGCAGACAAAGGCCGUGGCAAUAGAUCAUCUAUAUCAGCUGAUAAUGCAAGCAGCUUCUGAAUGCAAAGGCUUUCACCAGCCAAAUAUUGGAGGCUCCGAACAAAACAACUAUUUGCUAAUGACCUAUCACGUAAGCAGUUCACUCCUAGAUUGCUUGAAAAGGAAACACUUCUCUAUGAGCACAGAUCACUCCCCUAUAUUUUCAACCUUCGAGGUUCUUGCAUCUCACCUUUGGAAGGCGAGGAUCAAAGCAUUGGGAUUGGGAGCGAGGAAAGAAAAGAAGGUAUGCUUGCAGUUCGCAGUGGAUACUAGGAACAGGAUGGUGCCUGCAUCACCAAAAGGCUUCAGCGGGAACGCUUAUGUUCUCGCGUCUGUGAUGAUGUCUGUGAGAGAAGUGGAAGAGGAAAGCUAUGCAAGGAUCGUGGAGAAGAUAAGAGGGGCCAAGAACAGAGUGAACCACGCCUAUGUGAAAGCCUACGUGGAGGCAUUGGAAUCAGGAGCACAGGGAAGCCUCCCUCCUCUGAAGGAGCUAACCUUGGUUUCUGAUUGGACGAGGAUGCCAUUCCAUAAUGUCGGCUUCUUUCAUGGAAAAGCAGCCUGUGUUUCUCCUCUCGCCUCUCCAGUUCCACAGGUUGCUUACUUCAUGCCCAAUCCUUCUGACAAUGGAGCUGUUGAUGUCAGAAUUGGCUUGCACCCCCAAACCAUCCCUGCUUUUGCCGACUACUUCCUAUCCCAAGGCCAAUAGAAAGGCUACAUAUAUCAUUUCCAGUUUGAAUCUUCCAAGCAGAAACAUCAUGAACGUGUUCUGCUUAAAGGUUUACACUUUUCUGGACACCAAGUGUGGCAUCUUAAUCGGCCUAAUAGCCACAUAACUUUUCUGUUAA